UAAGAAAAAUUACUCCCGUACCCCACCCCAUCCCUACCCACCAAGCCAGUUGCAACUUGCAGCAGUUCUCUUCUUCCAAAUGCCAAUUCUUUCUCACCAUUCUUCUAAGCAUUUCCUUAACCAAUAGAUAGACACACAAACACAAACAAAACUAAAAAAAAAAACACCCAAAAAAAUUCAAAAAACACAAAACAACACCCUCAACAACACAAAACACAACAGAGUGGAGAAGAAGAUAUUGCUUCUGUUUAUUUUUUCCCUUAUGUAAUGCAUCAGAAGAAAUCCGAAGUUCAGAUUGGAAAAGAAAGCAGCGGCGUCUCUUCCGAUUACAACCAGCACCCGAACCACCCACUCCCAACCCUAACUCCGAACCCAAACCACGAAUCACUGACCUCCAUCGCACCUUACAAAAGACCCUCCCUCCCCACCCAACCCUCACCCCAACCCCUCCUCUCCAAACCUCCAACCCUAAAACCACGCCAUGUCACCACCACCACCGUAAUUCCCACGUUUCUAUCCGCCGCGGUGUCCCUCCGCCGCCGCCUCCGGCACCGCCUCCGCCUCUUCCUCUUCCUCUCGCUCCCCUUCUUCUACUUCCUCGUCUCCCACCCUACAAACUCCCUCCUCCUCGAUUUCAUCUCCGCGUUUUCCUUCUCCGCCGUGCUCUCAUUCUCUCUGAACGUCGCCCUCCCUCGAAUCCCCUCCCUCCUCCUCUUCCUCAAUCUCAAGCCCAAGGCCCGGCCCACUCUCAAGCUCCCCGUCUUCUGGACUAUCGGCUGGCAGUCCCGGACCGCCUCCUCCGUCUCUCCGAUUAUAAACAUUUCCUUGUCUGUGGUACCAUACGCGAACGGGGACGUGUACGAGGGAGAGUUGAAUGGAGGGAAGUGUUGUGGGAGUGGGGUUUACUAUUACAGUAUGAGUGGGAAGUAUGAGGGGGACUGGGUGGAUGGCAAGUACGACGGGUUCGGGGUGGAGACAUGGGCCCGGGGGAGCCGGUACCGUGGCCAGUACCGGCAGGGGUUACGACACGGGUUCGGGGUGUACCGGUUCUACACCGGGGAUGUUUAUGCCGGGGAGUGGGCCAGUGGACAGAGUCAUGGCUGUGGGGUUCACACGUGCGAUGAUGGGAGCAGGUACGUCGGGGAGUUCAAGUGGGGCGUUAAGCAUGGCCUUGGACACUACCAUUUUAGAAAUGGUGAUGCAUAUGCUGGUGAAUACUUUGCGGAUAAGAUGCAUGGGUUUGGGGUAUAUAGUUUUGCAAAUGGGCAUUGUUAUGAAGGAUCCUGGCAUGAAGGAAAAAGGCAAGGUGUUGGAAUGUAUACAUUUAGAAAUGGAGAAACCCAGUCUGGUCACUGGCAAAAUGGAGUCCUUGACAUUCCAAGCACACAGAGUGCCACCUAUCCUGUUUCUCCUGUUGGUGUCAAUCAUUCCAGAGUACUUAAUGCAGUUCAGGAAGCAAGAAGAGCAACUGAGAAAGCCUAUGAUGUGGCCAAGGUAGAUGAGAGGGUUAAUAGAGCAGUAGCAGCUGCUAACAGAGCAGCCAAUGCAGCUAGAGUAGCUGCUGUCAAGGCCGUGCAAAACCAAAUGCAUCAUAACGUUAACAGCAUGAGCAUCCCAAUUCCCAUUGUGUGAGGCUGUCAACUGCAAACUUUUGAUAGUAGAGAUGCACGAUAUCGUCUGAAGAGGUCGGUAGUUUAAACUGCUUUGUUUACACUGCCAUCAUCACCGCAGGCUGAAUGAAAGCAAGCAGAUUUAUUAUCCAUCUGCCAUGAGUCUUGUAUAGAGGGAGGAAGGGUGAUGGCUUCCACAUGGUAAAAUAACUACAUAUACAUAUAUAAUUUUUCUCAUUGCCUACAUUUUGUAAAUUUACGUAGAUGUAAAUGCUGGUGUGCGGGUGAAACCACUACCCAGCUACUGUUGUAAGAUCGCUUGGUAAAAUAAGGAGAGAAACAAACAUCUGGCCUAAAUUGUUCUAUUUUUCCCAACUUGAGAUAUAUUUCAUGUCACCUGUUAACUAGAGUUUUCUAUUGGUUAGAUAAGGCAUUGUGUUUUGUAAAAUUAAAUGGUAAAGAUGAAUGUUUAUAACUA